AUGCAGCCGCCCUCUGCAGCCCCCGCCAGCCAUGCCCUUCUGGCUGAGCCCCCCGGCACUGGGGCCGUUCCUUACGGGGGAGCUCCGCGCCCGUCCCUGCCUCGGGAGCCCCCAUCGCGCAGCCCCCCAUCUGAGCUCUCGCGUUACACUGCUGCUGGCUGCCAUGGGGCUGGGGCCAUCUGCCUCCUAGGUGCCGGCGCUCGGCUUCGGACUGCUGUGCAUCCUCUCCCCGCUGCCGGGGCCUCUUCUCCCCUCCCCGCUGCACUCCAGGGUCGGCCCCGGGGGUUGCCGUCCUCUCCCGCCCCCUGCCUCUGCCGUGAGCGCUCGUCCCGGUCCGCUCCCCGCCGUCUCUCCCUCUCCCCGGCCGUGCAGAAACCUGCCGUGACUCCGCGGGGGAGGCGGAGCGGGGGGAACAUGGAAGAGAAGCGGCAGGCGCAUCAGGUUGAAAUCGACCCGGAUUUUGAACCCCAGAGCCGGCCCCGUUCCUGCACCUGGCCGCUGCCUCACCCCGACUUCCCCGGGGAGGAGGAGGACGGAGGUGCGGCGGCAGCCGGUGGCUCCCGAGCCCCCGCGGCCGGCGGAGCGGCAGAGGGCUCGGAGAACACGGGAGCCGUGGCGGAUCGCAAAACCGCUUCGGCGCUGCCUUCGCUGGCGGCGGAUGUUGGACAGCUCCGCAAGGCGAAGAACUCGCGGCGCAAUGCCUGGGGCAACCUGUCCUACGCGGAUCUCAUCACCAAGGCCAUCGAGAGCUCCCCGGAGAAGCGGCUCACCUUGUCCCAGAUCUACGACUGGAUGGUCAGAUACGUCCCCUACUUUAAGGAUAAAGGAGACAGCAACAGCUCUGCCGGCUGGAAGAACUCGAUUCGGCACAACCUGUCUCUGCACACCCGCUUCAUUCGCGUGCAGAACGAGGGCACCGGCAAGAGCUCCUGGUGGAUGCUGAACCCCGAGGGCGGCAAGACCGGCAAGCCGCCGCGCCGGCGCUCAGUGUCCAUGGACAACAACAGCAAGUUCCUGCGCAUCAAAGGGAAAGCCAGCAAGAAGAAGCAGCUGCAGGCGACUCAGGAGCGUGGGGAGGAGAGCCCGUCCUCUCAGCAGGCCAAGUGGUCUGAGAGCCCUGCCUCCCACACCAGCGAUGAGUAUGACGCCUGGGCUGACUUCCGGACACGGGCCAACUCCUCGGCCAGCACGCUGGGUGGGCGCCUCUCCCCAAUCAUGUCCAGCCACGAGCCGGACGAGCUGGAAGAGGACGACGGCACCCCAUCCUCCCCGCUGAUGUACCCCAGCCCCUCCAGCACCAUGUCUCCCUCCCUAACCAGCAGGUGCUCCGUGGAGCUGCCCCGGCUGACCGACCUGACCGGCACCAUCAGCCUGAACGAAGGGCUUGGCGAGAGCCUGCUGGACGAUCUGCAGGACAACUACAACAUGAGCCCUUCCCAGCCGCUGCCCUCGGGCGGCCUCAGGCAGAGGAGCUCCAGCUUCACCUUCAACUCCAAGUGCUCAACGCUCGGGGCAGCCACCGGCACGUACUGCGGGACCAUCUACAGCCAGCCCGCCAUGAACCUGCUGCGGCGCCUGCCCAUGCAGACCAUCCAGGAGAACAAGCAAGCUACCUUCACCCCCGCCGGCUCCUACCGGAACGCCUCUCUGCAGGACCUGCUCUCCUCCAUCUCCUACGCGCACAAGGAGAGCAUGGCUCAGGGCGAGCCGCCCAUGGCCCAGGCCAGCGUCCUGGCACCGUCCCGCAGCCACAGACAGAGCACCCUCAUGUGCGGAGGUGGGGAGCUGGGCUUGUCCUCUUACCCCGCCCACUCGGCCUCCCUCAUGAAGAGCAACACUUUGUACCACCCGUCACCAGCCAGCCACCACCCUGCUGUCAGCAACAGUGCCUUACCCACUCCUAUCAGCCUUAUGAGCUUGCCUAGUGACUCCUGCAGCCUGGCAGCCAUGCCCCACCACGGGCAUCUCCAUCCCUAUGUCAAUACCCAAGGGGCACACAUGAGCUUGCUGGAUUCCCUCCAGGGCCCUUACCAAGGGGCGAUCCACCCCCCUGUUUUGGGCCAGGACAGGUUCCCAGCAGACCUUGACCUGGACAUGUUCAACGGCAGCUUGGAGUGCGACGUGGAGUCCAUUAUCCUCAAUGACUUUAUGGACAGCGACGAGAUGGACUUCAACUUCGACUCGGCUCUGCCCCCGCAGAACGGCCUCAACAUGGCCACGCUGCCCAGCGCCCCCCAGCCCCCCAACCAGAGCUGGGUGCCUGGCUGA